AUGAUGACUUCCCAGCUAAUUGUGCCAGCUGAAAAACCACACCUUCAUCUUGAUACAACAGAUAUCAACGAGGAAAUGGAAGCCCUCGAGGGUUACGUGGUUGAUCCCAGCCGCUAUUCAGAUCAAGCUUCCCAGCUGAAAAUCAGCGCCGACGGUCGCUAUGUUCUCAUACCACAGCCGUUAGACACGCCUGACGAUCCUCUAAACUGGAGCAACAAUAAAAAGUGGUUGACUGUGGCUAUCAUCGCAUACAUCGCGCUCUUGGCAGACUAUACAGGCGGUGCAGCUAUUAUCACAGUGAUCCCUCAGUCAAUAGAGUGGAAAUUACCACAAGAAAUAGCUCAGAGAGCCGUGGUAGGCAAUCUCUUCACCAUCGGCGCAUGUGGACUGUUCGUCGUCCCGUUGGCCAGCUACUUUGGCCGCUGGCCAGUCACCCUAGUCUUCCAAUGUGCCAUGCUAGGAACGUGUGUCUGGUCAGCUGCAGCAACAAGCUUUCGCUCCUAUCUCGCAGCACGCAUCAUCAAUGGCUUUUUCUGCAGCGUUGGGCAAGGUGGAGCUCUAAUGUGGAUCAAAGAUCUAUUCUUCUUUCAUCAGCACCCACAAGUCAUCAACUAUGUCGAGUUCUCUAUCAUCCUCAGUCCAUAUUUGGGUCCACUGGUCACCUCAUUCAUUGUGUCAAGUGUCAGCUGGAGAUGGGCCUUCUGGGUGUGCACAAUUCUUGCUGGAGUUGGCCUUGUUGCGGUUUUCUUCCUGGAUGAAACUCAUUUUGAUCGAAAAAAUCUUCCUUCUUCUCGUGGAUCAUAUAUCACACGGCUAGUUGGACUUCAACAAGCUAAAGCUCCAUCGAAGGACUUUGUUCAGUCCAUGGCCCGCCCAAUGGUUGCUAUCACGAAGAUUCCCGUGUUAACCAUUCUCAUCUACUACUUUUUGAACUUUGCCUGGGUUAUUGGCGUUAAUACGACCAUUGGGAUCUGGUUGACUAAUUUUUAUCAUUUCUCAACACGAGGAAUUGGCUACUUCUAUUUUUUCGGUAUUAUUGGCUGCCUGAUCGGCUGGUUUGCUGGCCACUUUCUACAUGAUGCUGUCGGACGCUACUACACCAAGCGACACGCUGGCCGUCUUGACCCCGAAGCUCGACUGAUCAUAACAUACCCUGCAACUCUCAUCUGCUGUGCAAGCUUGAUUAUUCUAGGCUUCGCCUUAGAAAAACAUUGGCACUAUAUGGUAAUUGCAGUAUUUGCAGCCGCUCAAUGUGUCGGGGUGAUGAUCGUCACAACGGCCAUCAAUGCAUACCUGUUGGACUGCUACCCUGAAGGAUCUGGAGAGGUCGGCGCAUGGGUCACGGCCAGUCGCAAUUGGGCUGGCUUCAUGGCGACGUAUAUCCAGAUUGACUGGGUGGCGCGCAUUGGACCUGCCAAAGCUCUUGGGAUCCAGGCAGCUGUCACAUUCGGAUCUUUAUGUUUUAUGGGUUUUCUGCAGAUGUAUGGGAAGCGGAUGAGGCAGUGGCAGGGGCGAAUGGUAUUUGGAGAGAAAUGA